CAGUCCCCUCCGGGGGGCCAGGACCCCCAUGGCAGGCGAGUGGCCGUGGACUGCGUGCGGGCCAACGAGCUGUGCGCGGGGGAGCCCGGCUGCAGCUCCCGGUACCGGACCCUGCGCCAGUGCCUGGCUGGGCGCGACAGGAACACCCUGCUGGCCAACCCCGAGUGCCAGGCAGCCCUGGAGGUGCUGCAGGGGAGCCCCCUCUAUGAGUGCCGCUGCAAGAGGGGGAUGAAGAAGGAGCUUCAGUGCCUACAGAUCUACUGGAGUAUACACCUGGGGCUGGCUGAAGGAGAAGAAUUUUAUGAAGCUUCCCCCUACGAGCCAGUCACCUCUCGUCUCUCUGAUAUAUUCAGACUUGCUUCAAUUUUCUCAGGAAUGGAACCUGCAGCCACCUCCAGGAGCAACCACUGCCUGGACGCAGCCAAAGCCUGCAACCUGAACGACAACUGCAAGCGCCUGCGCUCCUCCUACAUCUCCACCUGCAGCAGGGAGGUCUCUGCCACCGAGCCCUGCAGCCGCAGGAGGUGCCACAAGGCCCUCAGGCAGUUCUUUGACCGUGUCCCCAGCGAGUUCACCUACCGCCUGCUCUUCUGCUCGUGCCGGGACCCGGCGUGCGCCGAGCGGCGCCGCCAGACCAUCGUCCCUGCCUGCUCCUACCAGGACAGGGAGAAGCCCAACUGCCUGGAGCUGCGGGGCACCUGCAGGGCUGAUCAUCUCUGCAGGUCCCGGCUGGCUGAUUUCCACACCAACUGCCAAGCUUCCUUCCAGUCCCUGACCAGCUGCCCUGGGGACAACUACCAGGCGUGCCUGGGCUCCUACGCGGGGCUCAUUGGUUUUGACAUGACCCCCAACUAUGUCGACGCCAGCACCACCAGCAUCACCAUCUCCCCCUGGUGCUCCUGCAAAGGCAGCGGGAACAUGGAAGAGGAGUGUGAGAAGUUCCUCCGAGACUUCACGGAAAACCCUUGUCUCCGGAAUGCCAUCCAAGCCUUUGGCAACGGCACCGACGUCAACCUUGCCCCCAAGAACCCUUUGCCCCCCAUCACCCCACCCCCCAAGGUGGAGAAGAGCCCUGCCCUGCCAGAUGACAUCAACGACAGCAACACCAUGUAUGACAUGAGUGUCAUCACCACCUGCACCUCCAUCCAGGAGCAGGGACCGAAGCUAAACAAGUCCAAAGAGCAGAGCCUGUGCUACUCAGAGCUCACCACAGAUGUGAUGCCAGACCAGAAGACCUUUGUGGACCAGCAAGGCGGAGGCAGGCGGUGCUGGGCGGGCCGGAUCCUGCCCCUCCUGCCCCUCCUGCUGCUGCAGCUGGUGUUAUAA